AUGUAAAUGUAAUAUAAGCGGCUUUUGUGAUCACAUCUAAGAUUACAGAGAAGUGUAGUUAGUUGAGUUUGACUUGGUCAAAAAAGGCGGGAAACAGUAUACAGACACAGCGACUCUAUAGUUCAUGCUGUGCAUAUUGUUAUAAUAAGUAAGCAAACCCUUAGGCAGGAAGUACAAAACCCCUAGGCUGCUUUCAAAAUGGGGUUGCUAUGGAAACAUGAGCAGGUGAGCGCAGAGGCAGGAAAUGCAAAUGUGCAGACAACAGACUGAGAGAGCUCGAGGAAGAACGUGCUGCUAACAGGACCGGAUGCAGCCAGCUACUCGGUGAAGUUUUUCGGCAAAUGUACAGAGCAACUUUUUUUUUUUUAAAAUCCCAUGCUGAACUAUUGCUGUGGCCUUGGCGUGCAUUAAGUGAUUUGAAAUCAUUUUCAGGGAUUAAAGGAUUUGCAACCUCGCUGUGAGAGAAAGCUUGACCUUUAGAGUCCUAGGGCCCACAGAGGUCUAUGAAGACAAGGAGCAGUAUAAUGUGACCAUGAAAGCUGCUCAUUUAUAUGUGGCCUGACAACCUGCCAGCUCUGAUUCCUCUAUAAAAUCAAAAAGUGAUAUUGUACGAGCCCUGUGGGUGUUGGUUUGAUUAGUGUUGUCUUUUCUGGAGAGUCCAAAGCAACCAGAAUGCCCAUCCUCAAACAGCUGGUUUCCACUUCUUCUCAGUCCAAGCGCCGCUCAAGAAUGGACCUGACACCAGAGAUGAUUAGUGCCCCUCUAGGGGACUUCCGCCACACUAUGCAUGUGGGCCGUAGCGGGGACGCCUUUGGGGACACCUCCUUCCUUGGCAGCCGGACCGGCGAGCCCCCUGGGGAAGGUGGACCGCAGGUGCGCUCCCCUAAGCUGAGCCUUCUAUCCCGCACUUUCAGAAGCAGCAAGCGUUCCCAGUCGGUGACACGAGUGGACCAGCGGGACAGUCCCUUGACACCCCCUGGGGGCUCACCAGCUUUGGUCAAGAGCGCCCUUUCCCUACCUUAUCUUAACAAUGAGGACAGGGGGGGAGGGUCUCCCCCUGUGCCUCAUAGCCUCUCAUCCGACCCCUUAAAGCAGCAGGAUGGUGGGACAGCCAAUGGAGCACUGGCAGCAGGCACUUCCUAUGACCCAGAACUUGAGGAAAGGAGCUUUGGGGAGCUUACAGACCUCCCUGUGUCCACACCUGUCCACCCAACUGGCAUGAAGCAUGCUGUGUCUGUGCUCUCCUUUCAUGUGGACCUGGGGCCCUCAAUGCUAGGGGACAUCCUGGGGGUGAUGGAACGGGAGGAGGAUGAUCUUGGGUUUGAGGAAGACAGGAUCAGUGAGGAACGAGCUUCCCCUCUUCUUGGUGCUCCAGGAGAGGUAGAUGAGGAUGAAGAGGGACCAGAUAUCGAGGAGGAGUUUCAGCAACCCUUGAAUCGACCCCCUUCAUCUGUGGACCUGGAGAACCAAAGCACAGGUUCUUAUACCCCAGAAACCUGUCCCAGAAAGCCACGUGUCCUGGACAGUUGUUCCGUAUCCAGCUCUGGUUCUGGUGCCCUGGAGGAGAAACCUUCCCACCUGCCACCAGAGGGUGACACUGAGAGCAUCACUUUCACCUCCCACCAAACAGAGAACACAAAUUUCAGCUUCAUGGAAGAAGAGGACGAUGAAAUCACAUUGUGAAAUGAACACAAGGACAAAGAUUACUGGGAAGUGUGUGUUACACAACACUUGCCAAAGAGUACUUGCCAAAUUGCCUGGAUAACACCUCAAAUGGAAGCUAUGUCCAACUCAGUCCCUCUGUCUAAGAGCAUGUUGGAUCAUGCUCAAUUUCUUUUUUUCUGGACUCAGUUCCUGGCUCCAGUUCUUUUGCAGCAACACAGACAUCCCCAUUUCUCCCCAGUUCCUGCCACCCCUGCACCAGCACAGCCAUUAGGCUCUUUAUUUCUUUUGAACUGUGCACAAUGACCAAGUCCAGGGUUGGAAUCAUUGUGAAAAACAUGGAUUGAACUUCUAACUCUUCAUAGCUUUUUGUAAGUGUCUUCUGCUUCCUUUGCCCACCAUAGCUUGGGGUUCUUACCUAUGAUGAGUUCAUUUUGAAGCCCAUCAAACUCUUCUUAAAUUGGAGUCUUUUUCUUUCAUGACACCUGGUGUGGAUUUUGGGCCAAAACUCUUUGCAAAUCAUCUCUGCCCCAUCAGGACAUGGUGUAAAGAAUGAACUCGCAUUUCCAGACAGCAACACGUGGCUUUGUUGGCUGAAUUUACUUGUCAGGCAGCAGAAUUUUUUUUUUAAACAAAAAGCAGAUGAGUGCUGCCCUACUUGUCUUGGUUUCAUCAAACAGGAAACUGUGUUGAGGGUUUUGUUUAACCUCAGCAGGUGCCAGUAUUCAGAACUUCCGCUCCAUAAAGGCUCCCUCAUCUUUUGGUCUGUUCAAUGCACUGUGUGGGGACUGUUCUGUUGUUUACUUGUACAGUUGUGUGGGGACUGUGCAGCCAUCCCUCACCUCAGAAGUGUCCUAACUUUUUUUUUUUUU